AAAUCAUUUUGUUUUUCAUCCUUACAAAGAAAACCACCAGGGCUGCUGCGAGAGCCUGGACGAAGAUCGAACGACUGAAAAUCUGAAAUAAUGGAUGCACGUCAUGCGUCCCUGGGUCGACGUACGUUGGAAGAGAUUCGUCAAAAAAGGGCAGCUGAUAGAUUAAGCAAAACUUCUUCGGGACAAGAUCUGAGCAAAAUCCCGAACCCCGCUGAAAUUGCGGGAAUGAAGAAGUCGGAGAGCACAAAUAAACUUUCCGAUACGGAUAUUAGUUCUUUACUAUCACAACUAAAAGACCUGCAGAAAAAGAACUUUGAUUUGGAGGAAGAAAACAAGAAAAUAACUUUAAAGCUUCAAACAAUGGAAAUUGACUACAGUGCAAUGCAAAAGCAGCUGAAUGACUUAGAGCAAAGCACUUUGCCAUCUCUAAGGAAAGCUCUCAAGGAUGUUGCAAUGGAGAAAGAUGCUGCAGUUGUUGCACGGGAGGAUCUUUCAGCCCAGCUUCGUACACUGAAGAAACACUUAAAGGAAGCCGAAGACGAACAAUAUCGUGCAGAGGAAGAUGCAGCUGCUCUGAGAGCAGAAUUAAACUUGAUUCAGCAACAAGCAAUGACUAGCACGGGUGGUACAAUUUCACUACCUGGCAUUCCUCCAGAACAAAUUCAAAGAUUAGAAAAUGAGUUGGCAAUUUUGAGAUCAGAGUGGCAGCGAGAAUCGCUGUUGAGGCAGCAGGAACAGCAACAACUAGCCAUAGAGCAAGCCCGCAUUGCAGCACUGAUCUCUGAAAAGCAGGAGCUGGAGGAGAAAUUUAACUCCAUUUCUAGAAAAGCCGCAGAAGUCCCAGAAAAAGUAGGGGAGAAGAAAUUUUCCGUGGAAGACAGGCUGAAACUAGAGAAUCAGCUGCAUGAUAUGGCUUUAGCUGUUGAGAGGUUGGAAAGCAGUAGGCAGAAGCUCUUAAUGGAGAUUGACUCACAAUCUACUGAAAUAGAGAGGCUUUUUGAGGAAAACUCUAACAUCUCAAGUUCUUAUGAAGAAGCGAUUGGUGCCGCAAUGAGAUGGGAAAAUCAGGUGAAGGAGUGUCUUAAGCAAAAUGAAGAGCUCCGUGGGAUUCUAGAUAAAUUGAGAAUGGAACACGCUAGGGGCUUACCUCACUCAUCUAGCGAUGGGGCACAUGCGGUUGUUUCCUCAGCAUCUACAGCAGAAAUGGUGUCCUUAAAGGGCCAACUUGUGAAAGAACAGAGCAGAGCCGAGGCACUAUCCGCACAAGUCAUGCGGCUUUCUGUGCAACUUGAACAAGUCAAACAAGCAUAUGAUGGUCUUGCACGCUUCUAUAAGCCGGUGCUGCGCCACAUUGAAAGUUGUCUUAUAAAAAUGAAGCAAGAUGGUUCUCUAGCUGUGCGAUGAUGGCCGGGAGCCCCCCUUUUUUGUUAAUGAUACUCGGGAUGAGAACCAUUUGUCACGCGGAGUCGCGCGUGAGAACUAUCCCUUCUGGAGUCGUAGGCGUGUACUAGUAAAGCGUAUGGCAUUUUUUCUGCACCAUCAUUAACGGGUAAAGAACAAGAAUCAGAGCAUCGAGGUUUAUUAAAGAUCAUAAUGACGAUAAUCUUGUAUUAACCACAUUGUUGGUCCAAAGACUCAUUUUAUAAUACAUUACUCCGGGUAUCCAAGCAGAAUAUCUCGCUAUUUACCUAAACGAGAAGGUAAACAUUAUGAAAAUCAA